GCAAUUACUAACCCACCACCGCUUUUCCAAUCAAACGCUUCUCCUUGACCCUUUUUCUUCCUUUGAAACCCCCUCCCUAUUUAUUCUUGCAACAACCCUUUCCCAUUAGAAUAAUCCCAUCCCAUCACAUAAAUUAUUAGUAGUGUUAUUCUUAGUGUUACUUUUCCUUUCCUCCUUUCAUUCCAUAAAUACCACCACCACAUACACUUGUAAAAGAAAGAGAUUUUAGAGACAUGAUGAUCAGAACUCAUCCAUCACUCUGCUGCUCCCUCUGCUGAAAGCCCUAGACUCAUCACAAACAUCAGAGACUAUAUAGAAAAGAAGCGAAAGGGCCUUGAAAUUUUGGUGAUGGCAUCCUCGAACAGACAUUGGCCAAGCAUGUUUAAAUCGAAGCCUUGCAACCAGUUUCAGCAUGACAUGGUCUCAACUACUAAUGCAUCUUGCCACAGAUCAGCCCCUUAUAAUCCUAUUUCAGGAUUAGGAUGUGAUGAGAAGAGUCCAGAACCGAAGCCAAGAUGGAACCCAAAACCAGAACAAAUCCGGAUUCUGGAGGCGAUAUUCAAUUCUGGAAUGGUGAAUCCUCCAAGGGAUGAGAUAAGGAAGAUAAGGAUGCAGUUACAGGAGUACGGUCAAGUGGGUGACGCCAACGUCUUCUACUGGUUCCAGAACCGCAAAUCAAGGAGCAAGCACAAGCUUCGCCACCUCACUAAUAAUAAUAAUAGGAAUAACAACACUCCAUCACCGUCACCGCCGCCGCAGCCACAAUUCAUCUCAGCCACUACCAACUCAUCCUCCUCCUCUUCCUCUGACAAAUCAUCUCCAAAGUUCGUUCCCGCUUUCACCGAUGUGGUGAUGCUGCUGCCUAAUUCUCCAACAGCCUCUGUGAACCAGAACUACUUUCAUCACAACGAAACCAAUAAUAACAACACUAUCAAUCAUCUUUUGGUUCCUCCACCACUACCGAUCGAACCAUUCUUCCCUGUGUUCCAUAAUAGUAGUGGCGUGGUUGCAACUACUGAGAUCUCUAAUAGUGUGAUGAAUAAUCAUCAACCUCCUCAUCUUGUUUAUCAAGAAAACGUUGAUCCUUGCACUGAUCUGCUCCUUAGCGAAAUCAUGAGCCAUGGAGGAGUAGAACCGUCCUCUAAGAGAUACCAUGAACAAGACAAGGCAGCGGCCACCGUCAAGAUUAGGCAGCCACAACAAUACAUCAGCUUCUGUCCGGUUUCAACUCCUCCUCCUUCCUUCACUAACACAACCGCUACACCUAUUACUGUUCCAUCCCCAUUUCAAGGUGCAGGUGGUGGUUGUGGUAGUGGUGAUGCGUCAGCGGCGAAAUGUACGGUGUACAUAAAUGACAUGGCAUGCGAAGUCGAUGUGGGUCCCUUUAACGUGCGUCACGCUUUUGGUGAUGAGGCGGUGCUUAUCGAUUCCUCCGGCCACACCGUUCUCACCGAUGACUGGGGCGUCACCCUCCACCCUCUCCAGCAUGGCUUCUCUUACUAUCUCAUCUGGUUUCUUUCCUUCUUUCUCUCGCCACCAUAAAUUAUUUUCAUUUCAAUAAAAUAAAAAUUCAAUUACAGUUAAUUUUAUGUG